CAGGCGGGGAGGGGACGAGGCCCGGCGAGCCCCGCCGGGGGUGCGGGAGCGGCCGCAGCCCCCUGCCCUCGCCCCCCUCAGCCCCGGCGGCCGUUGGGCUGCAACGGCGGCCCCGCGGCACGGCGGCGCCCACGGCCGCAGGGCAGGCAGGCAGCCCGGCGGCUCUGCCGGCGCUGGCUCCUCCCUUCGCCCCGCUCCGUGACCCGGCUGCGGCUGCGGCAGCGCAGGGCGUUGCGAGCCGCUCCGCUCCGCUCCGCGGGGAGCCCCUCGCCUCGCCCGGCCUCGCUGGAAGCAGCUGCCGCCCUCGCGGUCGGUGCCCGAGGCCGGGGUAGCGGUGCCCGCAGGCAGCCCCGGGCCCGGUGGGGCGGGAGCUGCCGCUGCUGCGACACCCCCCGAGCCUGCGGAGCGGCGCCCAGCGGAGCCGAGAGCACCCAACCACAAUCAGCAUAUUGCUGUUAAGUUUCCCUUGGACUAAUAGACUCUGAGGCAGCCUGCUGCAAAUAUUGAACUGAUUGAUGCUUCAGUCAUCCUGUCCUUCACAGUAAGAUGGAGACUUCUGAGAAAAAGAGCGAUCUUGGUUUACAGACAGAGAACAACAUGGAACAACCAUUCAGUAUUAGUUCCUUGAAAAAGCUAGUAGCUAUUCCUGACCAUACAGACAUCUCUGUGACCCCAGAAGAGAGAGUACGUGCCUUAAGCAAACUUGGCAGCAAUAUCACAAUCAAUGAAGACAUCACUCCACGUCGUUACUUUAGAUCUGGAGUAGAGAUGGAGCGAAUGGCAUCAAUAUAUAUGGAGGAGGGAAACCUGGAGAAUGCUUUUGUUUUUUAUAACAAGUUCAUAACCUUGUUUGUGGAAAAACUGCCCAGUCACCGAGACUAUCACCAAUGUGCAGUACCAGAGAAACAAGUUAUUAUUAAGAAACUGAAGGAGGUUGCAUUUCCACGGACAGAUGAACUGAAGAGAGAUCUUUUAAAGAAAUAUAACUUAGAGUAUCAAGAAUACAUGCAAAACAAAAACAAAUGUAAAACUGAAUUUCUGAAGAAACUAGAACAGCAGAGGCUAAUAGAGGCAGAGAAGAAACGAAUUGCACACAUGCGGCAACAGCAGCUUGAAUCAGAACAGUUUCAAUUCUUUGAGGAUCAACUUAAGAAGCAAGAACUAGCUCGGGAUCAGAAAAUUAAAGACAGCAUGGUUAUGUCUGAACAGAUAGAUGGAAGUAUGCUAUCUUGUAUUUCCGUACCUGAGAACAGUUCCUUAUCUACCACAUUGCUUGAAAAAAAUGAGAAGAGUGGCUCAACUGGACAUUCACCUCCAGUAAACCGGGCCCUAAAGCCAGCAGCUGCUUUAAGUUCUGUUCAGACUCAAUUGGCUGAAGCACUCAGAGGUGUAAUUUUACCCAGGGAUCUCUGUCACAAAUUUCUGCUGCUAGCAGAGGCAAAUACAUUAAGAGGAAUAGAGACAUGUGGAAUUCUCUGUGGAAAACUGACACACAAUGAAUUUACUAUUACCCAUGUAAUAGUGCCAAAGCAAUCUGCAGGACCAGACUACUGUGACAUGGAGAAUGUGGAAGAAUUAUUUGGUAUUCAGGAUCAGUAUGAUCUCCUCACUUUGGGCUGGAUCCAUACACAUCCAACACAAACUGCAUUCUUAUCCAGCGUUGAUCUUCAUACGCAUUGCUCUUACCAGCUAAUGUUACCAGAGGCCAUUGCGAUUGUUUGUUCACCAAAACAUAACGAGUGAGUUCUGAUUUUUCACUGGCAUCUUCAGACUUACUAAUGCUGGCAUGCUUGAAGUUUCUGCCUGUAAAAAGAAGGGAUUCCAUCCACAUACAAAGGAUCCUAGGUUAUUUAAUGUAAGUAUAUAAUCUAUAUAAUCUGGUAUGGUUUUGACUAUUCAAAUUCUUGCCCGUGGUUCUAAUGCAAGCAGAAAUUGUAGCUGCUUCAGAUUAGGUUUCCUUCUACUUUCCCCCAUCUUAAUAACUCCUUAUGCAUACUUCUCUGACAAAGGCAGACAUCAGGAAUCUGUUCAAGCAGUUAGUAGCAGCCCUGAGAUGACUUUUGUUACACACUGCCAUUGAGAUAGUGGACAGCCAGAGGUAGUUGCUAUCAGUUGUUUUCAGAAGAAGCAAAAGCCACAGAUUCAAGUAGGAGUUGUUCCUGAGUGCUUCAGUUUUUAAACAAAAACAAUUGUGUUGUCCCACCAGACAGCACAUCCCAGCUGCUAAAAAGUGCAGUUAUGAGUAGAUUAAAUCUAUUUCCUUCAUUUCCCAUUUUCUUGCAGUUUCUCAAUAAGCUUUUCUCAGUAACUACCACAUCUUUUAAUGUUGUAAUAGCAUGAUAUACUAUAUGAAUGACUGAACUGUAUAGUCAUUCAGAAUUAUCAGAAAUGCCACUGCUAUCUGGAAGAAAACCGUAUUUAUCUUUGAAUAAUUAAGAUUUUUUUUUAAUGAGACUCUGUUAAAAUAGACAACUACUCAUAACUCUAACUCAAAGUAAAAUGAUUAAGAGCAAGUAAUAUUAAAAGAUGACUUUACCAAAAAGAAGUAUUUUUUUAGAACUUCCAGAAUAUCAGUACUACUCAAGGAGAGUUUAAAUUAUUUGUUUUGCUUUGUUCUUACAUCAUUGACCCUAGGGGUAUUGAGAAGCUAGUCCAAGUCAGAAAAAAUAUUUAUGCUUUUGUUCCAGAUAAGCUCAUUUGGGUAGUCCUUUACUGACUUAGUUUACGAAUUAAGUUACUGGCCACUUGAGCACAUUUAUAAACAGUAGAUGCAUUGCUGGUAUCACAUAUCAAACAAAUAUCCUUGCAAGUACAAUCCCCAAAACAUAUUUAUCUGCCAGUAAGAACAGCAAGAUCACAGAAGUUUUUCCUGGAAGAAAAAUAUCAGGGGUGUGUUAAUAUAGGAAGCUUCCUGAAACCUGACUAGAACAAAUCUAACAUGCAUCUGUCAGGUUUUUUAAAAAAGUUCUUCUCCACAGAUUCAACACAUGCUGUUACUUAGAGAAGGCUGUGGCUAAAGACACAAGCUAGUCCUAAAUGCUUAAAAAAAAAAAAGUGGGCAGAUAGCUGAAGCUACUGCAGAAAGAGAACAGAGUUUACGCUUCCCUUGCUGUUGCCCUCCAUGCACCUGAUCUAAUGCAACACACAGCUCCUUCUCUCUCCCUUUCAGAUAUCCCAUGCUGUGAUACGUAAAGCAUAGCACUGAACUAUAAUCUGCUUCAGAAGCCAAGCACUAAACUAUAUCCUCUGUAGAAAUUUUCUGUUUCCAUGUUGUAGUCCUUGCUUUAUUCAGCAGUCUACACCUGCGAAGGUAAGGUUUGCCUGUAAACAGGCACAGUGAUAGGUAUAGUCCAAGUUGAAUAUAUAGCACAUUAAGCAGGCUCAGAAAAUUAAAAAGACACUAUUGUCUAAAAUACGCAAUUUUACUGAAACUUAUUUGUGAGUAAUGCAUUGAUUUCUUCUGCAGCCAUGUACCCAUGUGGUUGGAAAAGACAUAAAGAUAAUUGUGCUGGAUCUGAGGUGAUACAGAUGGACAAUAACAAGUUGCUAAAAAAAAUGGUCAAAAGAGAAAAAUGGCUUCCUGUUUUUCCUACAUUUUCAGAAAUGACUUUUAUAUUUAUACAUUUUAGAUUGAAUGGUUUGAUAUUUAUUGCUUUAGCCUGUUUUGAAGUUAUUUUGUUGCUCUGUCAAGAUGGAGUUCAGUGGCAUUACCCCUGAAUCUGUAAAAGCAUCAUCUCGCUAAAACCAACAAUAAAACAAACUUCAAAUAACAGAAAUGAAGUUGAAAUAAGUAAUGCUUCCUUUGUCAUUUGUUAGCAGUAAUUGCUCUCUGAGAACUAUAGUUUUUUUUAACAGCUUUUUAAGACUUUCAGCUACUUAAAUCUAUUCACUGCUUCAGUGAAUUUACAUUAUAUGUGGUAGAGACAAACACAUUGGUUCAGCGAUUUUUGUUUUCAUCCUUAUAUAGCUCGUGUUUCGACUAAGCCAUUAAACAGAAAACACAAGUCCUUUACCUGAGUGCUGACCCUCAUAACAUCCUGGAAUAGCAGAGAGGUUUUGGAGUCCCGUGGAAAACUGUGUUUUCUCCAGCAACCCUCUAGCAGAAACUCCCAUUUGAAAUCAAGUUCUGAUCCUGCAAGGGAUUCCCUGGAUCUGUCUAGAGCUAGAUUAAAAGAUCUGUCUAGAGUUAGAAGGAAGAAUCGUACAAAAAUGUUUGCUCUUACAAGAGUUUAUUUAAUAUCUGCUCCAAGAACCUAGAUGGCCUAUACUUUAAAUAAUAAGGUUAGUACAAAAACGUUUGGAACGUGCUAACAGAAGAUGGACAAGAUCUGAAACCCAACAGUUACGCAGUCACAGUAAAUAACAGGUGCUAUUGCAGAGUUUACAGCUUGAAGAUAAGGAGCAACAGGUAAGUGAGGUAAAUAAACUAUUGAGUUUAAGACAGGAAAAGAGGUAACAAAAA